AUGAGUCUAGACGAAGAUUAUGUGUCUCCACAGUGAGUUUUUCUGCGUUUCUGGUUAUCAUUUAAGAUUCUUUGAAGGGAUUCUUCUUGGAAGAAAUCGAUAAAAAGGAUUUUUUUGAUCGGAGCUGUUGUUGCGGUUUCUUACGCUUUCACUGGUGAUGAUCUCAUCGACACGUUCUCAACCCAAAUGCUUGUCGUAAGCGAUUUGUCAUCACUUUGUGUUCAUUUACGUUGGAGGAAAUCAAUUAACAUUGCUCAUUAGCCUAACAAGCUGGGUGUGAAGAACCGAAUUGAUGGCGCAAUCAGUUUUAUACGAUACAAUGGGGUUUAGGGUGACGGAAAAGCGACUUCACAGCAUCAAACGACGGACGUUUUUGCACGCCUGGUUUCUGUCGCCCUGGGCGUCGUUCUGUUUAUUGCGAGCAUUUUUCGGAGUUUUUUUCUCGUGAGAAUUAUCAAUUUAUCAAAAAUACAUGUCUGGAGGAAAUAAUAAAUGAAUAAUGGAUGGAUAGAAACGCGGAAAAAGGUAUUUAUGUGCCUUUUAGACAAAAUCAUAACUUCCAUUCAACAAAAUUAAAGUUGAACUGAAAGAGUAAUUGAGUGUAAUUUUGCAGAGAAAAAGUCCCGAAUAAACAUUGAUGGAUAAAUAUUAACAAAUUUGAAGAAAAAAACAAGCGCCUGCACCGAAAAACUAUGAAAAACGCUGGAAAAGGGAGAAUUCAGAAAAGAUCGUAAGAUCAAACUAUAAACGCCUUGAAUUUGCAGGUUGAUCGCUACGGUCGGAGAAAUCUUGUACUUAUUGGUCUAAUCGGCACAUGCGCAGCUAAUUUGGCGGCUGCCGUUUUUUCGGCCAACAAAAUCUUUGUUUCGGUAUGCUUCGCCGCCACUAAGAUGUUCAUUGGCCUGGGAUGCGGAGGUCCGGCGUGGUUUCUCACUUCUGAACUGGUUGGUCGAGGAAUGUUGCAAAAUGUGAAGACAUUUUUUCUAGGUGAGACCAGAGCACGCCUGGAUAUUUCAGCCAAUUUCCACCGGCGUCUUACUUGCUUCUACCAUGCUUGAAACUUUUUUCUUCCUCCCUAUCGACGCUGCCCUCGGCAACUACAGGCAAGUUCUCUUCGAAUUGAACGUCAGAAAAUUGUCAUUCAAGUUUAUUAAUCCUUACCGCCAGUCCCGCCUUUUUUUCGGCUGUAAUCAUAUUUUUGUUCCUGCCAGAAACAAAAGGAAGAACUACGGAAGAGGUUUUGCUGAUCAAAAGCUUACAAAACUCUUAAAUUUUUCAAGAUACAACUUUCUCUUUCUUCGCAUCGUUUCAGUGGACUACAAAGGUCACAAAUCACUUCAAGCAAUGGAUAUGGUACCUUUUUUGAGGAACAGUCUUGAUUUUGUUCUUUUCUUGCAACUGACAACUCGGAUAAAAUUUCAUAUUUUAUUUGAUAUCCGUAAGGAAUGAGUCGCGAGGACGAGGAUUGGAGAUGCGCAGUGAAGGAAAUGGUCCCUUUGGUCCGGCUGGUCCAGCUGGUCUGGUCCUUCUGAGCAAUCAGUAG